AUGACGGAAGGAGGAAAUGAAUCGCUGCAUGAAGCGGUGGUUAAUAUAUCAGGGAUGACUUGCUCUGCGUGUGUUCAAGCUAUCAUAACACAAUUGGAGAAGCUCGAUAUGGUAUCUAAUGCAAUAGUGUCGUUGUCUACAUGUGAGGGAAAAGUUGAAUAUAUGGCUGAUCAACCUCAGGGUUCAGUAAUUAAAGAAGAGAUAGAGGAUUGUGGGUUCGAUUGUGUGGUACUGAAGGAUACAUUAAUGACAACAGAUAUCACUGAGAAAAGAUGUACAUUGAGAAUUGGCGGUAUGACUUGUUCGGCAUGUGUAAAUGCUAUUAAAUCAGAACUGACUAAGUUGUCAGGUAUCUUAAACGUAGAUUUGUCUCUAUUGACUGAAGAAUGUGUGAUUAUGUAUGAUACAACUGUGGUAACAGAAGAUGAAAUUAAAGAGUGUAUUGAAGAUUGUGGAUUUGAUGCAACACUAAUAGAAAUGGAAGAUUGUAAGACACAGAUUGUAAAGACGAAGUUUAAUGUAUUCGAUGAUGCAAAUACAAUUGCACAAAAAUUUGAUCAAUUAGUCACAUCACAGGAAUCUUUGAUUUCUGCCAUGGUAACAUCCCUAGAUAUAGAUUGUAAUUUGGUAACUAUUGAAUAUAAUCAAUCUUUGAUAGGUAUUCGAGACUUGAUAGAGUUAUGUGAACAAGAGACUGGUUAUGAUAUGAUUUUGGAUGCUUCAUAUGAUAAAUCCGCUCAACUGAGUAUGUUACAAAGAACACAAGAGAUCUCUAUGUGGAAAGUACGUUGUAUGAAAUCGUGUGUGAUAGCGGUGAUAUCAAUGACAAUGUAUAUGGGGGUUCCAAUGCUUUAUCAUAAAUUGGUGAUGAAUCGCACAUUCCCUUACAAUGAAGUUCAAGGAAUUACUGGUUUAUACUAUAGAGAUGUUCUAGGAUUGAUCAUGGCCUCGUAUGUUUUGUUUCGUAUUGGAGUGUAUUUCUAUAUUUCAUGUUGGAAAUCAUUAAUGCAUGGUACAGGAACAAUGGAUACAUUGAUAACUAUCUCUACAUUGAGUGCAUAUUUGUUCUCAUUAGGGUCAAUUAUAUAUAACAUCGUUUGGAAAAUUGAGAAAUUACCUAGUGUGGUAUUUGAUACAGCCAUCAUGUUGAUUGCAUUUAUCUCUAUAGGUAAAUUAUUGGAGAAUAGAGCAAAGUCUCAAACUUCGACAGCGUUGUCUCAUUUAAUUGAAUUGUCACCAAACACUUGUACAUUGGUAAUGUCAGAAGAAAACACUAAAGAAAUACCGUUGGAAUUGUUACAAUUGGGAGAUAUAAUUGAAGUGAAACCAGGGAUGAAGAUACCAACAGAUGGUUCAAUUGUAAAAGGUGAAACUGAAAUAGAUGAGUCAUUAAUGACAGGUGAGUCCAACUUGAUACAUAAGAAACAAGGAUCUUUUGUCAUUGGUGGUACAAUAAAUGGACCUGGACAUUUUUAUUUUAAGGUAACUUCUGUGGGUUCUGAUACUAAAUUGUCUCAAAUAAUUUCCACUAUUAAGAAUGCUCAAUUAACUAAGACACCUAUACAGAAAUAUGCAGAUAAAUUAUGUUCAAUUUUUGUUCCAGUGAUCUUGUGUCUAGCAGUAAUUACAUUUAUCACAUGGUAUAUCAUAUCAAGAUCAUCAAUAGCAAACAAUUUCCAAACUUUCACUACUGGGGAAGGCAGUAAUAUGUUUAAAUGCCUACGGAUUGCUACCUCUGUGGUUAUCGUUGCAUGUCCUUGUGCAUUGGGCCUAGCCACUCCUACGGCUAUUAUGGUUGGUACUGGACUUGGUGCUCAAAAUGGUGUUCUUAUAAAGAAUGGGGACGCCAUAGAGAAAUGUAAAAAUAUCAAAGGGUUUGUGUUUGAUAAAACAGGAACAUUGACAACAGGUAUGAUGACAGUAGAGAAUUUCAACCAAAUAAACCAACCGGAUGAUUUGAAACCUGAAGAAUUGUGGACUUUGAUUAAGCUUUGUGAGACAAAGAGUGAACAUCCUGUGGCUAGAACAAUUGUCAACUAUGCAUCUCAGUUACUCUCUAAGUGUGACAACGAAUUUAUUAGCAAUGAUUGUAAUAUAGUGAUGGGACAAGGGUUACAAUGUGAUUUCACUCAUCUAUUAACGAAUAAGAAAUAUAAACUUUGCAUAGGUUCUGGUUUAGAUCUAUUCUCUGCAUCCAUACAAAACGAGAUUGAUAAAUUUUCACAAUCACCAUUAGGAAGUGAAAUUAAUACUACAGGUUAUACGGUUGCGUAUGUGUCUAUUAAUGACAUCCUUGUAGGGAAGUUUGAGAUUGUGGAUAGAUUAAGAGAUGAUACAUAUAUCACCAUACAAUACCUCAAAUCUAAGGGUUACGAAGUCUAUAUCGUUACAGGCGAUAAUCAUUUUGCCGCGAAUAAGAUUGCUAGUACACUAGACAUAGACACAAACAAUGUAUUCAGUAAUGUUCCUCCUAAUGGGAAAUGUGAUGUAGUGAAACAAUUGCAAGAUAAAAGUGGAUCAGGUGCCAUAAUCUUUGUCGGGGAUGGUAUUAAUGAUUCACCAGCAUUAGUGACAAGUGACCUAGGGAUAGCUAUUUCUACAGGGACAGAAAUUGCUAUUGAUGCAGCCGACAUUGUAAUUUUAGCAGAUGGUUCCAAUUCUGAACAUCCUUCAACAAAUGCAAGUUUGAAAAGAUUGAUUUAUGCAGUAGAUAUAUCUCAAAAAACAUAUCAAAGAAUUAAAUUAAAUCUAUUUUGGGCACUUUCAUAUAACACAUUUAUGGUUCCAAUUGCUAUGGGAGUUCUUGUCCCUUGGGGGAUUACAUUACCUCCCAUGAUCGCUGGGAUGGCAAUGGCUCUAAGUUCCGUAAGUGUUGUUCUAAGCUCAUUACAACUGAAAUGUUGGUCUCCCCCUAUCUUAGAGACUAAUGAAAAUUAUACUGAAUACAAGCGGUCAAAUCUACUAUCAAAACUACGUGAUUUACUAUUCGUUUGGCAACCAAAUAGGUUAUAUCAACCUUUAGCUGAUGAUCUAGAGAUGAAUUCAAAUAUUGAAUGA